UACUCUAUGGUCUCUUUGCACUGCACCUGUGCAUCUAGUGCAUCAAUUUCGCCGUUACUACUGAGUUGAGCUGAGUACAAUUCCGAGUUUUAGAAAGAGAAAAAUGUAUAAACACGAUGGUAAAGGAAGUUGUUGUAUAACCAGGUAUGCAGGUGGUAACACAUAUGAUAUGUCGAAAGUAAAUCGGAUUAUGUUACGUUUCAGACCGAUCGCUCCUAAACCAACCACUGGUGGUUCAGUUUCGCCAAGGGAAAGCAGCGGCGAGACUUUUUCUGGGGCUGGUAGAGGGAAAAGAAAAUACUCCAGAGAAGACAACAGCUACACAAACAAGCGGUGUAAUAUUAACAGAAAAGGAAAAGUUUGUGGUGAAAGAAAAAGCGACUGCGUUGUUACUUUGCCACUGUUACCUGACUCUCCGGCGAGACCGUCACAGGGGGACCCUCAAGGUAAGGAAGCACAUAACUUGAAGGUUCCUAUGUGGCUCAGCUUUGAUAAAAGUGGUCAGUGUAAGGAUGAACUUGUAGUAUCCGAUGGGAUUGGUGGCUCCGCAGAUCGUGCAGUGGUGACGAUGCCUCAGGCAAUGAAGGUGGCUGGAUCGUGUGUGACGGUGGAAUGUUUGACGGAUACAUGGGUGGAUGGGGAUGUAUUAGGGAGUACGGACGAAGAGAGAAGAAUAAACCUAGGGAGGGACACGAGUCCCGGGCUUAUGUCUGAUCAGUUUGGUAGAGUCACAUGGACCAAUGAAGCGUACAAGAACCUGGUGGGGCAGAAAGAAGGCGAAGAGAUGGUGGUGUGUUUGGUGAUGAAAGUACCGAUGACGGUGACACUAACUUACCCGGCGUUCACUUGCAGGGUGAGGCUACAGUACACUUUUCGUAAAGAGAAGAGCUCGCUAACUCUACCGUGUGACGUUUGGCGAAUGGACGCUGGUGGUUUUGCAUGGAGACUCGACGUCAAGGCAGCUCUGUGUUUGGGUCGGUAAAUCAAAAUUUGACCGUCUGAUCUGACCUGAUCUACUCUUAAAAGCACGGAAGUAUCAACCCUUAAUAUUGACGAAGUAACCAUCAGACUCUCAGUACCUUUACCUUUAAAAAUUGUAAAUAUUUUUGGGUUUCUGAUCCGAUGGAUGUUUGCUUUUGUGAACUUAGUUCCAGCGUAUGUGCACGAAGUUAUUAUCUUUUUUUUCUUUCAGCGUUUGUUUUCUUUAGGCUCAGAAGGCGAUAUUAUCAGUAAUAUAUUUCAUAUUAUGUAAUUAUUCAGCGUUUAAUGCGAGAAUUCUUCUCGA